AUGAGUCUAGUCAACUGUAUGUAUCAAACAUCAUUACGACAAUUCUUAGCUUUGUUCGAUCAGUCUUUAGCACGAUCUGAAAAAUCACCAGUCACUUCAAAACGUAUCACCAAUGUGAUCGAUUAUAUGACAUACGAUGUCUGGCGGUAUGUGAUUCGUGGUCUUUAUGAAGUGGACAAGUCAACCUUUUCCCUUCUGUUGGCUCUGAAGAUUGAUAUGCAAGCUGGAAGAGUUAGACACGAGGAAUUUCAGUAUUUUAUCAAAGGUGGUGCAUCACUGGACAUGAAUACAGUGAAACCAAAACCAUUCAAAUGGAUUACGGACAUGACCUGGUUAAAUUUAGUGGCUUUAUCAAAUCUGAAUCAAUUCGCCAGUAUCUUAGAUCAAGUUGUAAACAAUGAACGUGGUUGGCGUCAAUGGAUUGAAAAAUCUUCACCAGAAUUAGAAACCCUCCCGGAUGGUUAUCAGUCACGUGCAGAUACACUGAGACGCCUAUUGCUUAUUCGAGCCUGGUGUCCAGAUCGUAUUAUGAACCAGGCGAAUAUCUACGUUGGUGAUACUUUAGGCAAAAAGUUUGCUGAAGGCUUUGUCCUGGAUUUGGAUGGCGUGUAUCAAGAGUCUACACCACUUUGGCCUAUGGUUGGAUUAUUAAGCACUGGGUCAGAUCCAACGCCACAAAUAGAACUGUUAGCCAAAAAGUACAGAGUUGAUUGUAAGACAAUUUCAAUGGGACAAGGACAGGAGAUUCAUGCUAGGCGACUAGUGAACAAUUUACUCCAAUCAGGUGGUUGGAUUAUGCUACAAAAUUGUCAUUUAUCAUUAAGUUAUGUAGGCGAAUUAUUAAAUCAAAUCACUGAAAUGGAUCACAUUCAUCCAGAAUUUCGAAUUUGGGUGACAACUGAAGUACAUCCACAAUUCCCCAUUUCAUUCUUACAAACUUCUAUAAAGUUUACAAAUGAACCUCCUCAAGGAAUUCGCGCUGGAUUGAAACGAACCUAUGCAACUUUCAAUCAAGAUUAUAUAGAUAUAAAUAAUCAACCACAAUGGAAACCGAUGAUCUAUGCAAUCGCCUUCUUGCAUACCACAGUACAAGAAAGGCGUAAAUAUGGUCCAAUUGGUUGGAAUAUUCCUUAUGAAUUUAAUACAUCUGAUCUAAACGCCAGUCUACAAUUUGUACAGAAUCAGUUAGAUGAUAUGGAUCCUAAAUUGGGAAUCGAUUGGAAAUGUGUUACUUAUAUGCUUGGAGAAAUCCAAUAUGGUGGUCGAGUAACUGAUGACUUCGACAAUCGACUAUUGAACACUUACUGCAAGUUAUGGUUCAAUGAAGGUUUGUUCAAUCCAGAUUUCAAAUUUGCCCAAUGCUAUACAAUCCCUCGAGUACAGAAAAUCAAUGAAUUUCUUGAGGCUAUUAAUGAAAUCCCAUUGUAUGAUUCACCGCAAGCAUUUGGAUUACAUGAAAAUGUAGAUAUCACAUAUCAAAGUAAAAAGGCAAAAGUUGUUCUCGACUGUAUCCUGAAUGUUCAACCAAAAGACGCGAAUACUGGUGCCUCAGAGACACGUGAAGAUGUUGUCCGACGUAUGGCUAUGGAUCUGCUGGACAAAUUACCCCCGGAUUAUAUACAAUUCGAAGUGAAUGAAUGCUUAAAUCAAAUGGGUGCCCUACAACCAAUGAAUAUAUUUCUACGUCAAGAGUUGAAUAGAAUUCAACUCUUGCUGACAACAAUGCGAGAAGAUCUUGUUAAUCUGACUUUGGCUAUUGAUGGUACUGUUGUCAUGAGUGAACAUUUACGUCAGACAUUAGACUGUAUGUAUGAUGCGAGAAUACCAAAACAGUGGACAAAGUUAUCAUGGGAAUCCUCGACGCUAGGAUUUUGGUUCACCGAAUUAAUUGAAAGAAAUCAUCAAUUCCACGAAUGGUUGUACAAUGGCCGACCAACUUGCUUUUGGAUGACGGGAUUCUUCAACCCUCAAGGAUUUCUUACCGCCAUACGACAAGAGGUGACACGUAUGCAUAAAGGCUGGGCAUUAGAUACAGUUGUGCUAUGGAAUGAGGUGACCAGAUUUAUGAAAGAUGAUAUUCCCCAACGUCCUCCAGCCGAAGGUGCAUAUAUCUAUGGCCUAUUUUUAGAAGGUGCAGAAUUCGAUCAGAAGAACCUACGACUCACAGAGGCUAAACCGAAAAUAUUAUAUCAGUCAAUGCCUGUGAUUCAUAUACAAGCUAUGGAUAUUGCGAAAGAUAAAGAGAUACCCAAGGAGAUGCUGAAAAACUUCUAUGUGUGUCCAGUGUAUAGAAAACCGUGUAGGACAGAUCGUACUUAUGUCACCUCGUUGUAUUUACGUUGUCCGCCUAACAAGCCAACGGAUCAUUGGGUUUUGAGAGGUGUAGCUCUACUGUGCGAUAUUCGAUAG